AUGGAGAAAACAUCUUCGCCGGAAUAUUCCACCAUCUCAGCAAAAUCUCCGUCAGUAGCCACCGGAGAAAUGGAGUGUUCUCUGUUCGACGAUGAUUGCAUUCUCGACAUGGAUUACUUCGUUAAAACCAUCGCCGGAGUCAAAGCCAAAGGUGUCCGUCCCGAUCUCAUCGGCUCAAUCAUCGCUCAUUACGCUUCCACGUGGCUCCCUGAACUCUCCGACACCGUCACAAACCCCGGUGAUCCGAAUCCGCAACCUCAGACGCCGCAACAAUCGGAGAGCUUCUCUGUUACGGCGUUCGUGAUGAAGAAGCGUUUCUUCGUUGAGACUCUAAUCGGAAUCAUCCCUCCGGACAAAGACUCCGUCCCUUGUGAUUUCCUCCUCCGCCUCCUCAGAACGGCGAACAUGCUCGGAGCAGACUCAGCUUACAAGACCGAGCUCGAGGCGAGGAUAUCUUGGCAGCUCGAUCAAGCUUCACUCAAGGAGCUUAUGAUACCUUCCUUCAGUCACACGUGCGAGACACUGCUCGACGUUGAGCUCGUGACUCGGUUGGUUAAAAGAUUCGCCGGAUUAGACAACGAAGGAGUCAAAUCCGGUGCUUCUCUAGUUAAAGUGGCCAAGCUCGUCGACUCUUACUUAGCUGAAGUAGCCGCAGACGGCGACUUAAGCCUCCCGGAGUUCAUUUCCUUAGCCGAAGCCCUCCCUAACCAUGCCCGUGUAACAGAAGAUGGCUUAUACCGCGCCAUCGACACUUAUCUCAAGGCACAUCCUAAAAUGAGCAAGCAAGAAAGGAAGAGACUUUGUGGACUGAUAGAUAGCAAGAAGCUGUCUAUGGAGGCGUCUCUUCACGCUGCACAGAACGAUCGUUUACCGGUUAGAACAGUGAUUCAAGUUCUGUUCAGUGAGCAGACAAAGAUGAGUCGUAGCCGACACAACAACAUUGAUUGGAGUAGCUCAAGUUUCAGUCCGAACCCUAAUUCUAGCUCACACUACUCAGAGUCAGGUCCGGGUCGGUGUAUGUCGAAAAGGGAGAUGAAUGUUCAGCAUGCGGAGAUAAAGAGAUUGAGAGAGGAUAUGGCGAAGCUGAAGAGUGAGUGUGAAGCGAUGAAAACGCAGUUGGAGAAGCUGGUUGAGAAGAAAUGUAGUGGUGGUGGGAAUAAUAAAGGGUUUUUCAGGUGGAAGAAGUUGGGGUUUAGGAGCGGUGUUAGCGUCAGCGUUUUCGAUAAGACGAAUGGUGAAGUGUUUGGUGAGAAUGGAGAGAGAGAAGAGUAUUAUGAGUAUGAGGCUCAGACUCCUGGCAAUGCGAAGACAAAGAUUGUUAAAGGAAGAACACCUUCUAGGUGGAGAAAAUCUCUGUCUUGA